CUUUUUUCCCUAGUGAGAGCUCCAGCUGCCGCUUUGCCACAGUUGGAGGCUGUUUUCAUUGAAAUAUUUUCAUGUUUUUGGGCCCCAAAAAUCCAUCUUUUUCACCUCCAUAUCUGGAACUCCCCUCAGAUCUGUUCUCUUCUUGGUCCAAACUCCAAAAUUUUAAAUCUAAACACCUCUCCCAGGCCUGCCUUCAGGAGGAGUCCCUGUUUUCCUUCACCCAGACUCUUUUCAUGUGAGAGACCUCGAUCGGCUCCUGACCAUCAGCCUGCAGCUCCACCUGUCUGACAACUGGCAGAAACACAGAGACCCAGUAAAGAAGCAACAACGCACAUCUGCAAAUUGAGGUCUGUGAAGGCGUUUCACUGGUCUGACUGAGGGGCGACCGCCAGCUAGCCUGACCAAAGGGGCAGCCAUGUUGAUCAUCUUAGCCUUCAUCAUCCUCUUCCAUCUGGCUGCAGCCAUCCUGCUCUUCGUCGCCACCAUUCACAAUGCGUGGUGGGUGGUGUCGCCAGCCGGGCGUGAUGUGAUCUACACCGACUUGUGGUACUCCUGCAACGCCACCUGCUACCCAGUUGAGAACAGCCACACUGCUAUAGCAGCCUAUCUGCAGGCGGUCCAGGCCACUAUGAUCCUGGCCACGAUUUUGUGCUGCGUCAGCUUCUUUGUCUUCAUCCUUCAGCUCUUCAGGAUCAAACAGGGAGAGAGAUUCAUUUUCACAGCACUUAUCCAGCUAUUGGCAUCUCUAUGUGUGAUGAUUGCGGCGUCCAUCUACACGGCCCAGAAACACAGCUUUCACGUGUCCAGCCUCCAGGAAGGCUCCUACGGCUCCUCUUACAUCCUGGCCUGGAUCAGCUUCCCCAUGACCCUCGUUAGCGGCCUCAUGUACCUGGUGCUCAGGAAACGCAAAUAAACAGAUUAUUCAAAUACGUAAAAUAGGAAUUUGGAUACAUAUGCAUACAAGCAAGCAAUUUUCCCCCCCCAGAGAAACCUCGCUUUCUAACCCUUAGAUGUUUGAAGUAUUAGAAUUGGGGAAAUCCACUACAAAUACUGCAUAAUUUCAAUUUACAGGUUCAGAAUCAGAAUAUACCCAUAUCAAAAAUCCGGCAAUGCACGUCAAACCAGAUUGGUCACAUGGCCCUUGUUCUUCCUGAUGGUAUAUUGUUCUUACUGAAUGUGGCAUAGAUUUGUGAGGACAAGUGCCUCACAAACUUGGCUGGAUCACAAAAAACACCUUAUUGUCCAUGUAUUAUAGCAACUGAAAAUAUUGAUGGAAACAUUUAAGGUGAGAAAUACAUCACAUUUUAAUUUGAUUAGCAGUGCCUCUUUAAAAAAAAAAUGCUUUCACCCGCUCGAUAUACUGUGCAGGUGAGCUUCAUUUCAAAAUACUCAAAUGCACUUCCCUGUGCAUCACUGCUUCUUUGUUGCAUUUAGUAAGAACAAACCUUCACCAUCAUAUUUUCCCCUCAGCAUAAACUCAACAACUGAACUCUUUUCCAACACGCUGACCCUCCUCUUGUAUCAUCGUCUCCUACUUCCUACCAAGAAUUUUCACCACGACAGAUUUGGAGAUUUGUCUGACUGGACACAACCUCUGGACUUUCGAAAUGGUCCAAUUUAUUUUUUUUUUCUGUGAGCAGAAUUGAUUGUGUACAUAUUUGCUGUGUAUGUAUAGUUGAGGUAAGACUCAAACAUUAAAAAAUUAUAAAAACAAAAAUAAAGAAACCUAUGUUAACCAUAGCAGACAGGAAGUGUAGUUGAAGUAUAACAUGUAGGAUUUUUAACCCUUUUUUUGUUUGUAUUCUUAUGUUACUGACUUGUGUUUUAAUGGUGAGAAAGGAACCAAUGAUGUGCUGUGAUAUUUGGGAUUUUAAAAUUUCAGAGUAGAAACAACUUGAAAUAAGAAUGAACAUUUCUUUGUUACUGCCUGCAGCUUCCCUGCAAAAAAAAAAGAAAGAAAAAAAGUCUAUUUAUUGUUUAAAACCACUGUUUUGUUUGUGUUUUAGCAUCAUGUGACUGAAGAUGCAUAAAGAAAGUCUUGUCAUGUUUCUUUCCCUCGCUGGCCAGGCUACUGUUUGGUCCAUCACUGGGACAACAACUCCAUGCACACAGUCGCUGUCGUUAAAAACAAUAAAUUUGGUACUGUAUUAUACCUGCUACCAAUUCCCAGAUUUAUUUCUCACAACAGCCUUUAGCUCAACGUUGGUUCGUGUUGGUUUUGGGGUUAACUGGGUUCUGGGUUGACUCGUGAUCGAAACGGAUGGAAUUUUGGACCACGGAGCCUCGACAGUAAUGAAGAUUCAGGGAAAAGAAAUGGAAGUGAAGUGAUUUUUUUUGCUCUGCUAUCUCAAACUGAUACUUGAAAAUGAACAAAACAACAUGUUAGAGGCCAAGAUUGUGAUGUUUGUGAUUCAUACCUUUUUUUUUCUUUUCUAAAGUUGUCAUCUUAAGAGUAUUUCACUAAUUAACAAGCCUCCUGUUUGCAAUUAAGUUUUCAUCCCAAAAUUUGAGAUCAAAAGUCAGCUGUAAAUCUUUUUUUUUUUCAAUAUGCAAAUGUUGAAUUUAAAUUGUGUGUACGUUCACUUGCAGAUAUUCAACAGAAACCACAGCAAUCUGUCUUAAGAGAUGACGACAUAGAGCAUUUUUUGUGUGUUUUAUAUAAUUGUAGAUGUAUUAGAGGGUAGUCAUGUGUAGAGUUAUAUGAAUAAUCAAAUAAUCAUGACAUGUUGAAGCCAAAACUGUAUUUAUAUGGAUUUGUGUUUUUGCAGUUGAAAUAUUUCUAAUGCUUACUUAAGUAUUAAUUCCACAUUGAUUGAGAGUGUCAUGUCGCUCUUCAAUGUUUUGUCAAUGUUUUCAGAACUUAAAUUAAACAACAGUUCAUUUUACUGCAUUUGAAGGUUUUUUUUUUUUUGUUAGCAUUGAGACAUUCUUGCAUUUUCUGCAUUUUACUGGCUCCUCUGCUUUUAUUGUUUUUAUUUUUUGGACAUUAAAUUACAACGUGCUAUUUAUUUUGACCUCUGUUGCAACAUCAACGGCAGCUUCUGUAAUUCGUAAGAUGUUCCCAUGCAUCAAGCUGAACUGUUUGUCUGCUACUGACACCCAGUGGACUGCACCAUGGUUUCAGGUUACAGAUUAAAGCUCCUGUAAAGCUCUCCUGAAAAGAAUGAAUGUGUUUCUGCAAAUCUCAGAGCAGCAUAUUGGUCAAAUAUCCAACAGAUUCAGGAACAAAGACUCAUCUCUCAUAGGUGCUUAUUUUAUUUUAUUUCAUUUUUUUUCUCCUGUUGCCCCUCACUUAUUGGACGUAGAUCUCAAUAAACAUAUUUUACAAUAAA